CCAGACGACACCAAGGACCUCUCUGCUGAAGUUGAUGAUAUGAGCUUGACCAGAGUUCCCAUCACCAUCAUUACUGGUAGGCAGCUCUAUGAGCCUAAUGUGAUGUANGGCUAUCUGGGCGCUGGCAAGACUACUCUGAUGAACUAUAUCUUGAAUGAACGCCAUGGAAAGAAAAUUGCCGUAAUUCUAAACGAGUUUGGUGAUUCCGCAGACAUAGAAAAGAGCUUGACCGUCAGCCAAGAAGGCCAACAAGUCGAGGAAUGGCUUGAACUGGCCAAUGGCUGUCUAUGCUGCUCCGUCAAGGAUACUGGCGUCAGCGCCAUCGAAUCACUCAUGGAGAAGCGUGGAAAGUUCGACUACAUUUUGCUGGAGACGACAGGCCUGGCAGAUCCCGGAAACCUGGCUCCUCUCUUCUGGGUUGACGAUGGUCUGGGUAGCACAAUCUACCUCGAUGGCAUUGUAACUCUGGUCGAUGCAAAGAACAUUAUGCGCUGCUUGUCUGAGCCAACGCCGUCGGAAACUCAAACGGAUGGUACAGAACACGCCCAUGGCCCUCAUCUCAGCACCGCGCAUCUGCAAAUCUCACACGCAGAUGUGAUCGUCAUCAACAAAGCAGAUCUGGUCUCCGAAGCCGAGCUCGACCAAGUCAAGGCCAGAAUCUCGUCUAUCAACGCUCUGGCCAAGAUAUAUGUCACAGAACAUAGCAAGGUCCCAGCACUGGAAGGCGUAUUGCUCGACCUCCACGCCUACGACAAAGUGGACGCCGACAGCAUUGACUUUGCCAGCAAGGGCCAUAGCCACCUAGAUCCCGCCAUCUCAACGACGACGUUGACAUUGCCGCCGUUAUCGUCAGCUCAACUGGAGAAAUUGGAUAUGUUCUUGCGUAACAUUUUAUGGACGCGCUUCUUCAUCUCACACCCGGAAGCCGAGGGCGUGUCGGUCGAGUCUGCGGGCUCGAGGCCAGAGAUCCAUCGUACCAAGGGACGUCUUGUGAUGCAAGAAGGUGGAGUCAAGCUUCUGCAGGGUGUGCGCGAGGUCUUUGAGUUCAUCGAUGCUGCAGACGUCGGUGCCUCGAACAACAGUGACUCUUCUGAUAGAGGCAAUGGCAAGAUUGUUUUCAUUGGUCGUAAUUUGGUAGCCGCAGCCUUGCAGAAGAGUCUUGAAGAUGCUGUCUUGGCCUAG